AUGUCGAAUGACGUGUGCUGUUUUCUCAGAGCUCGGCUUCGGCGCCUCCUGGCACUAUUGACGAAGUUCAGGACCCCCGCUGGCCCCAAAUCCGAGCCGACUGAGGUGCCCCCUUUGUCUUUGUCUUCGGCACUGGUGGGCUCUGCCGGCUCCAGAGUGUCCCCGGAACUGGUCUUCGAGGUGCUCCGUCAUUAUGCACAUAUGGACCCAUCAUCAAUGUCUGCAUACAGUCUGACAUGCCGAUCCUGGGCUGAAAAAAUCCGCCGCGAUCGUUUUCGUCGAGUGCACAUUGAACAUACCUACAUGCACGCAUUCCGCGACUUCAUUCGGCAUGCGCCCGCCGUCGGGGGCUGCGUCAGAGACCUGACCAUAAAGUUUGGAUACGAUUCCAGUGCACUACGGGGGCUGCAGGAACACGAGGUGGUGAGGGACAUCACUUCGCAGAUGCAGGGCGUCCGAUCUCUAGAGCUCGUGGGCUACGCCGUCACACCCACCACGGUGGCGUCGCUGGCCAGCUUGACCACGACGGUGGAGAACCUGUCGCUCAAGGGUAUCUUCUCGCCCAAGGCCGAGGACAUCGCGAGCUUCAUCCGUUCCUUCUCAGUUCUCAAGACGCUCAAUAUCAAGGAUGUCAUGCUGUCUACGGUCGACGGUUCUGUGACUGGUCCAAUGUACCCCGCUGCACGGAACCAGACAGCCUUCGCACCAGUGUCAUCUGAAGAACGGGUACGCUCCAACGCAGACAUCUGCAUCGACGUACUCAAUGGUAGCCACGUGGGCUUUUGGCGGGGACACUACUCUGCAGCCUACGAGUAUGGUUCGGUUCUUCAAGGCACAGGUGCUUCUGUCGAGCACCUUAUCAUAAACAUCCCCAGUCAUCAAGAGUUUGAAUUGAAGUUCAAUUUGGCGCACUGUACUCGCCUCCGCAGGGUGGUGUUCGACGCAACGCUAAUGGCUGAGUCCAAAUACCCGCCAUGGAUUCCUGCAUUUCUGGCGUCCGUUAAAACGACGAGCGUACGCGUCAUAACGUUUUGCACCAACGGAAACCCUCGUUGGCUUAACUGGCUCAAGGGAAUCGACGCCGUGCUUGCUCAUCGAGACUUCCGCAAACUGGAGCGAGUGGUGUUCAUCAGCUACCGCCCCAUUGAUGAUUUUGGCAACUUCACUCGGGGCAUGCUUCCCAAGCUGAAUAAACGAGGUCUGCUGGUGAUGGAGCAAGAGUCUAAUGUGGGAAUUGACAGGAUACUGGAAAAGUUUAGGCAGUAA